GCUUUAUUUUGAUAAAUCACCGCUUGGUGUUUAUUGCGCGAAGUUUUGUUUGUUUUUGCAAGUUUUAUGUCUGUAUACAAGCGAAUCAGAAGUAGUUGAAGACGUAGCUAUGUUAAUUAGUGUCCGAAGUGCUGUGUGGAGUUAACAAAAUGCCCUAUUACUGCACGGUACCACGGUGUACGUCCAUGGCUGGUAAAGCCAAAAACGUCUCCUUCCAUCAAUUUCCUAGAGACGAGGAGUUAGCUAAGCUUUGGAAUAAUAUAUUGAAACGAGGCAAGCCGUACACGAAAUACUCAAAAGUCUGCAGUCUGCAUUUUAAGCCUGAAGAUUAUACUAUUACCAGUGUUGGAAAAAAUAAAGGUCAAUGGCGAACCCUCCGCAAAGAUGCAAUCCCAUCACAGAACCUACCAUCAGAUACUCCCGCACCGUACUCCAGGAGAGAGAGGAGUACCGGUUCUUGGGUCCCCAGCAGCCCGCCACCGGGGUACAUAGAUCCUAGAAUGCAACAACAGAUGGCGCAAGCGAUAUACGUGCAGACGAUGCUGGCGAUGCACGCGGCGGGCGCCACGGAGCCGCUCUCAGUAAAUGCUGUAAACGGUACAUCACCAUUAGUACAUAAAGAUGUAGACUCACCACACUCGAUCUCGAACGAACAGCUCCACACUCCAGACACAACGGGCCACAACGAUACACAACCAAAUGCAGAACGGACAUCGUACAAAUGUACAGAAUGCUUAAAAUGCUUCAAAGACCCAGAUGUAUUUAUACUACACAGACGGACACAUAGUAGAGAGGACUCGAGCGAAAAGGAGAACUCCGAUGAACAACAAACGUUGAAAGCAAAUCCGAUAUUAGCUAACCUACUGAGAGCGAACACAGAAAAUAUCAAUAGGUUUGAUACAAAUAACAUUCUUAGUAUAGAAAAUCACAUUAUGGCAGCUUUAGCAGUCAAUAUGGAAACAUAUAUUAGGAAUAUAUCAUCUAUGCUUAACAAAAAUAACAAUCAAAGUUCAGAUGAAAGGAAUUCCGAUGAUGACAGAAUAUUGGAUGAAUCGACUGAUUCGAAUAAGUUAGUUAUAGAUGAGAAUGUGUGACCGAGGGCGAAGUAACAAUUUAUAUUUCUAUCGAGUCGAUUCAGAGUGAGGCGCAGCGAACCAAUCACGUUGCGUUGUGGUUGUCGUCGCGUCACAAUGCCGCACUGUGAUUGGUGUCGGCUGCGAAUCGACUCGAUGGUGAGUUGUAAACAGCAAUGUCGUACUUCACACACUAUACGCGUGAGAAUUAGACAUUUUUUGUAAUUCAGGAUCAGUUUGUGAUUAUCAAAGGAAAAGUUCACUAUAGUUUCAGUCGAGUAUAGUUUGUACAACAUAUUUUUGUUUGUGUUAUGGCUGAAUCGUUUGAUAGCUUGAUCUCUGUGACAGAUGACAAAUAAUAUAUCUGUCUCUGUCGUUCACAUUUCGAAUCUAUCGUUUUGUCCUUUUCCAACACGCGUCGUGUGUUUUUCAUUAAUCAUGUUUUAUUUAGUGGUAUCAUCUUAUUAGUCGGUGAAUUUUCAUGCAAUUUGACCGCCGUCAUUACCGUCCUUCAAAAUAAAGAACCUCUAUUAUGUAUACCCAGGAUCGGCUCCCAACGAGGGAGCUCCUCAGCGGUUUACAGCACGGACAUGGGUUGCUACAAGAUCUCUCAGACGACAAUAUAAGCUUGUGGUAUUUUUUUUUUAUUUUUAUAAAUGCUUGUUAUUAAAAUUAUAGUCUCAAUACACAUACUCAACAUAAAACUAACUAAUUUUAAUUUUUUUUUUGAAUAAUUGUUUACUGGCUCCGUGCUUGUAGAAUAAGACUGAUUUUUGACGGACAUAGAUUAAUAGAAAAUAAUAUUUGAAAGCUCCCAUCUGUUUUCAAUACUCGGAUACCUGUUUAGUUUAUUAUUAUUAUUGAUUUUGUGAUUCUGUACAGCCGAACGCAUUAUCAAGUUACCCACGUUAAAUCCUUAUGCCGCUGUGAUAACAGCUAAUUUGCAAUGAAUUUGGGUUACAUGAUGACUGUACCGAAGAUAAUGUAGACUAUUAUGGAGGAUUCAUCGUGUUAAACCACAUACUUACCCUGUUAUUCAUAAACAUGUUGAAAGCAUAAUUUGAAUACUCUUUUGUCUCGUUCUGUCAAUGUCAAAUGUUGUGAAGUGUGACGGUGACAAAACAUACUUUUACAAAAUAAAA